ACCAGGAGGGGGCGGGGUGGCGGCGAGGGUGCUGUUCCUCCAGUCUCUUACCAGUGUCUUUGUCUCACACUCUUUUGUUAGCCAUGCCUAGCUUGCUGGUUCUAGCAGGGAUCAUGGAGAAAAAUGGGGGCUACGGCGGGGAUUUGGCCGGCUCCGGCUUCGGCAGCGAGGGUCUCCUAGUGCCACCCGAGGAGGAGGAGGAUGAUUCCCGUGCCCUUAGAGUUGCGCUGGGCCAACUGUCGCUGCUGGGUCUUGGAGAGGGCGAGGACGGGGCUCCUGCGGGUGGUGGUGGUGGAGGAGUUCAAGACAGGAGUAACAAUAACCACCACAAUCACAUCCCAUCGGAAUCAGGGAUGUUACAAGGGAAGAACAAGUUGUGCGCCCUUUACGAGAGCUCACCGACCGAAACCAAAGGACGGGGCUGCAACAUAACGGAGUGCGUCCCCGUGCCAAGCUCCGAACAUGUGGCCGAAAUAGUGGGGAGGCAAGGUUGCAAAAUCAAAGCUUUGCGUGCAAAGACAAACACCUACAUCAAGACUCCCGUCAGAGGUGAAGAACCAGUCUUCCUCAUCACCGGCCGCAAAGAGGACGUGGCCCUGGCCAGACGCGAAAUCAUCUCUGCUGCAGAGCACUUCUCCAUGCUGCGGGCCUCCAGGAAUAAGUUGGGCGUCUCUUUCAGUGGUUCGCCUCCUGCACCGCUACCUGGCCAGACCACCAUACAGGUGCGGGUGCCCUACCGUGUUGUGGGUUUGGUGGUCGGACCCAAAGGCUCGACUAUAAAACGCAUCCAGCAGCAAACGUGCACUUACAUCGUAACUCCGAGCCGCGACCGCGACCCCGUCUUUGAGAUCACCGGCUCCCCCGGGAACGCCGAACGGGCUCGGGAGGAAAUCGAGGCGCACAUUGCUUUCCGCACGGGUGGCCUGCACGACCACAACAAUGAGAACGACUGCUUGGGCCCUGACAGUGGCAACGGGGGUCUGGAGAGCCGCCUGCAGCAGGUGUGGGGGCUACAGGGGGCCCCGCGCAAGCCGCUUGCCAGCAGCUACCGCCAGAAUUUCUCAGACACCAUGGUCGGGAGUAGCGGAGGAGGAGGAGGAGGAAGUGGGAUUUACAGUAAAGGUGACUUUACCAACCACGGCAAUGGGGACAAGCCGUGCUCUUACUUCGGCUCAGAGGGCACUCAAAGCUGGGGCGAUCCCGACUAUCCCAAACAGGUGGCUUACUAUGCCCAGCAGCGCUCCAAAAGCUUUGGAGGCCUGCCGCUCCCUCUGACCAGACUGUCGCCGGGUCUGCCCGAACCGUGCGGCACCAGCAACUCCAACGCCGUCGGGUCUCCUCACGCCCAGGCGCGCCGCGCCCACAGCGAGCCCACCGCCACCACAGCCGCGUUCACCGGACGCCUCCCCGUGCCGGAUUCACCACCUGCCGUGGCUCGGGACUGCAUGACCUGUUUUGAGAGCAAGGUGACGGCCGCUCUGGUCCCGUGCGGUCAUAACCUCUUCUGCAUGGAGUGCGCCAUCCGAAUUUGUGAGCUAAACCAUCCAGAGUGCCCUGUCUGCCACACCCUGGUCACACAGGCUAUCCGAAUAUUCUCUUAAAGAGUCGUUUUUCUUUUGUUUUUGUGCUUUGUUUUUACUCUGUAGAAUCAGUUUACUUUUAAUCUUUUUUUAUUUGGCCAGUAUUCACUUUUUUAUUUUUCAGAAAACACAAAACCAAAACAAGCAGAUAUUUUAGAACACACUGCUUGCUUUACUAAAAAAAGAGGAAGAAGUAUUUUCAGAUUUUUCUUUUAUAUGUACACAUAUAUACAUAUAUAUUUUAUAAAGGUUUUUUUAAAAAUGGAAAGAACGUAGUUCUUAGCAUGUUCAUUUUUUGUUUUUUCUUUAUUUUAUUUAAUUUUUUACUGGUGCUGUUUUUUCCACAUGCUGUGUGUGGACAGUAACAGGAGAAAUAAUGUGAACAUUUUACACUUUUCCUUUGCUGGGGAGGUAUUAAAAAAUAUCAUUACAAGUUUAUUUCCUAAGUUUGGAGUAUAGUUUUUCAUCCCAGCAUCUAGUAUUCUUUCUUAAGGCAAACUAGAAUCUUAAAUCUUUGCACCUUAAACUGAUGUAAAGUGAUUGUCACAAAACAUUACAUUGCUAGAUGUCUAUGCGAAAUAGAUGGUAUAGAGAUGGCCAAUAUGGGCUGAUAUAUAUACGACCUGAUGUCGGUGUGGCUUUAAAUUUGGAUCAUAUUCUAAACAACACAAUUACACAAUUAGUAUCUGCUUUGCUAAUCAAUAUUUGAACGGGUAAUUGACGAGUAAAACAGGGAGUUUCUCUUUUUUGGUUUUGUUUUGUUUCUGCACCAGUCAGCCUAUUAUGUGAUGCAUCUAAAAAGGUCUUAUUAGGUACAAUACAAGAAAAGAACAAAUUGAUUGGUCAGCUUAAAAAAACCUUGGAAUUCAUCCAGCGUUCUGUUGUUUAAAAGGUCUUUCCCAGGUUCCUUUUAGUAACGUUUUUAUUCUCAUUUCUGCUCUCAGUAGGUUUAUGAUUUUUUCAAUUUCCACACAUUUAUUUCAUAAAACGCUGAUUACGAGCAUAAGGCAUGAGAUGAAGUACAAAAAAAAAAAAGCUGAGGGGGCGAUUGAGGGGAGGGGGGUCUGUAAUCUGAUCCUGAAUAGACCAAAUAGACAAAAGCAAGCAAGACUCCGAGCUACAGUACAAUGUAAAUCACCCACUCACGAGGUCCUGCAUUUGAGUUGCAAAGCGUCCUCUGACUGUCUGUCUGUACUGAGGCAGGUGUUGCAUAUCGUACUUUAGAUUAAGUUUUUUUUUCCCUCGAAAGGUUCGGGCUGUCAGGGGGGAAUUGUGCUCUAAUUCUACUCCGUGCGUACGCUGUAAAGACUACAGAGCUCCGGAGCUCCUCCCAGAGAGUAUAUUGUUUUGUCGCAGUGGUGGUACAAUCCCCGGAGCGCCCCGACAUGGCCUGCCCUAGGAGGAGCUGAUAAUUAGCCAUACAUCAGAGUCCAGGUGCAAAGCAACUGCUGUAGGAAGGAGGGGCAGCGUACAGUGGCGUGAAUGAGGAUGGACGAGACGCUGAGCAGGGGGAUAAACUAGGUGCAGCUGGGGCCCCUCCUGUCGAUCGCUCUCUCUCCCGUUUUGGUAUUCCCAAUGGGGAGAAAGGGGGCCUCUUUUGUCCUGCCAUGGGGUGAAAAAAAUUCAAGAGCAGAUUUUAUUUCAAAGAGAAUCUGGGUAGAGAUAGACCCAAAGCGUUUUUAUUCAACUUCCCGAAUCUCUCAGAAUUCCGUUUAAUGUGCAAGAGAGGCAGGCCGUCGAAGUUUCCAUGGAGUCUUCCUUCAUGAGCGGGACAUCCUGCCGUGACCCCCUCGAGACAGCCCUGCCAGUGCAUGGUCACAAGCAGCCAAUCGGAGAACGACCUUGAACUCCACAAUGAAAUCAGACAAUUGUAAUUGACAAGAAAGCAGGGGGGGAAACGCCCAAUUUGGUGGCCGCUCAUGCUGAAUCAAAUUACACACCCACUGCCUGUCUCAUUGCAGGCUAGGGGAUUUCGGAAUAGGGGAUUAGAGCAUUCGUAGGUUGGGAAACUGUCUUUUUUUCCCCCUCUUGCUAGAAGGCCACUACAAAAGAAUGGAGCCACUGAAAAUGUACUCCGUUUGAAAUGGGUCAGUUUUUCCCCCAUCGAGCCUCUCUGCGCCAUUGCCACAUGUGCGCGGUGUUAGAAGAUAUGCUAGGGUAAGCUUGUGAUUGUAUUUAACUUACUAUAACGAUUUACCUAUGAGCCAUUAGCAUCUUAAAUAUUAGUUCUAAAAACUUUUGACGCUCAGUUGACUGUUACAGUAGUUUUUCUGCUUCGUUUGGUUUUAAUGUAUUACGGCCGCAUUAGCGCCUGACAGUGUUUUUGUUUUGCUUUUUCGUUUAAGAGAAUAAGUACUUUCUAUAGGUGUCAAUGUAAUAAGGUACUUUCUUUAACUGAAAUAUAUUUCAAGUCCCUUUAAGAAACAAAACUGAAAAGGCUUAACAAAUUAAAGCUCUUAAAAGCACCUUAUUUUUAAGACGAAUCGAAAAGCAUGUGCAUUUCUCGACAGCGAACUCAAAUGGCAAAUAUUAUCGUUAUUAUUGCACUUAGGUUAUAUUUUGGGUUAGUUUGUUGUAUUGCACGGAUGGCAUAUUUUGAACAAGUCACUUAGAGUUAUUUCUAAAUGUCGCAGUCUUUAGAAAUAGCAUCUUUUAAAAUGAAAGGACACCAAUACGACGGUAUUGAAUAGAGGUUUUUCUUACCUUCUUUUCUGCUUCUUCAAAUCCCCAGCACUGAUCAGGGACAGACGCUCGUCCAUUGAAGGAAUGUAUGAUUGUGCAUUUCGGUCAUUUAUAUAUACACACAUAAAAACCAAAACCAUUUUGAAAAAAAUAUUCAUUAUGCAAACUGUAAUAACUCGAAUUUUUGAAUCUGAUUCAGAACAUUUGUCUGUCUAUAAACCACAUUUUGUUCUCCUGCCUCUUUUUAAGGUCACCAGGUCAGCGUACGCAGGAAACAGCAAUAACUGUCUUAAUACUUAAUAAAACAAGAUAUCAGUUAAUCUUUAUGUCUAAAAAUGCACUGUUACAAAAAUACUUUGCAGUGGUUGAUAACCCUAAGAAUUGUUUAAAGCCAUGCACAUUGUAUUUACACAAUAAAAGCCCUUUUUAAGAGCAAAACAAAAGCGGUAAUGACUUUCCCAAUUUGAAAAUGCAGCACUUCAAAAGUUUAGUUUCUUAAUCAAACGUCGCAACUUCAGAGUGAUGAUAUUGUUCAAAGAAUGUAGCCUGAAUCAAUGGAGAAGGUGCAGAGCGAGAUAUUAUUCAAUACAGGCUUUGAAAGGGAGACAUUUUAACUGUUAAAGACUUUAUACAGCCAAUCACAGCAAAACCUUUUUUGAGUAUUAUUUAUUUGAUAGGAAUAAGACUAUAUUUAUUGACAUUUAGGGAGAUAUAUAAUAAAGACUGACUACCAUAGGCAUAUCAUUAAAUAUUUUUCACUAUAUAAGCAAUUCUGAAAAUAUUGUAAUAGUCUCUAAUAGCCUACUUGCUAGUUUGUAAUAUAACGUAAGGCGUCAUCCCAAUAGAAAUUUAGUUAAUAAAGUGUGCCGGAAAUGAUGCCCCAAAAUCUGAAAGCUCUUCAGAAAAUACAUAACCAAAAAUUAGGGUUAUCACAAUCAAUAGGGGAAUGAAUUCAUAUAGUUUAGUUUGUACAGCAUUUGCUUUGCCUAUACUGAACGCAUAAACGGUUAUGACAAUAUAAAAAUUUCUACACACCCUAUUGACAGGAUAUACUACAUGUAAGAGCAGCUCAGAAGAAAUAAAAAAUAUAUUUAAAAUGCAUAUCAGAACGAUUUAAUCAUCUUCAUUCAGAUCAUUUCAGAAUGACAAGGGCACUACUGUUAUGCCUAAUCCGAAAUAAUAACUGCUCAUGCAAAAAGCCAUUCUGAUCGAGAGGGGGGAGUGGUCACAACGUAAGACAACAGAUUCACAAGGAAAAGUGGUCCAGUUUGGAGUCAAACAGGUUCAACAAGAAUUUGUUGUCUAACGUGAAGCUUAACAUUAAGAACCACUGUGAAUCGUUUCCGCUUCUGCUUUUUUUUCUCAGUAAUUAAUUACGUGGUGUUGUUAAAUAGUUGCAAUUCAACAGCUUCUCUUGCUUCUUUUUGGUUGUGCAUGCUGGGAAAUUAUUUUACAGAGCAUUAUUUACCUUUGAACAGCCUGUGUAGAUAAAAUAUAACAGAGCCACUUGUACUACAGAGAUCUUUAGUGAGGACUAAAUGUCAUGAUGUACAAUGAUACCAGUUUAUUUUUCCAAACAUAUUUCUCUUACCCAACAUAAAGUAUCUAAUGCACAAAUUUGCACAGUUUUGCUCAUAUGUUUACACACCCCUAACAGAAUCCGUUUAGGUGCAUUUUAAGAUUGUAUUUUUUAUUUAGUACAGCCCUGAAGAUGCCAUAUACAAAAUAAUUUCUACGCUCAUUCAGAAUUCGCAAAGUGUGUUUUCUCCUCGAGCUUCAAUGAUUGUUUGCAGCCUUUUGUGAAAGCUGCAUGAGUCCCUCAAUUGUCCCGAGUGUCAAAGCUGAAGAUCAACAUCGUAUAGCCGCUGUGGGGAAGAAGUGCAGAGCAUGCUGGGAAACCAAAGAACUUGGGGGGAUGUUUGUCAAGAACAGUGGGCUGCGUCAGAGACUCAAAACUAUCACUUAGGAUUACAAACAGUCAUUGAUGCUAAAUGAGGAAACGCAUGAUAUUAAACAAGGGCAUGUGAACAAUGUUUGAACAAUUUUGCCUUGUAGGGUGUACUAAAAAAUAAAAUAAAAUGCAAGGGGUUUGCAAAUUUAUGAGCUGAACUGUACCUUACUGCAUUCCCAUAACGGAUAUAUUUGCAUUUUUUAGGUUUAAUAUUGUCAAAUUUUCUAUACGCCCGACUAGGCGAACAGUAUAUACCCUUCUUACAUAGCAGAUAGCGAAGCUGCAUGUAUUUAUCUAUAACCACUGCAGCGUCCGUUCCAUAGAAUCACCAGAGAACAUAUACAUGAUGCACUUAAGCAAUUAUAAUGCCUUUCAGUAUAGUACAAAGGGCAAAUAAUGUAUUUGAAUGUAAAAAUGGCCACCCAACCAAUGUCUAAUUUUGCCUUUUGUUUCUUUAUCAAAAGUGAGCUUUAAGUUGAAAUUCAUGGCUAGAGAAAUACCACCAUAUCUGUUUAGGUUCUUCCUCACAGCAUUUAUACAAAGCAACUUAAAAGGGAAAUAUAGCUGUUUCGUAAGAUUCUAUUUUGCUAACAUGCAUUAUUAUUUCAUAGACAGAGGAAGAGGUCAGUAUCUGGAUGUUAUUUAUGAAUAUCUUUAAUGAAGCAAACAUAUUUAUAAGUAACUUCAAGACGUUUUGUUUUUUAAUUAAUAAAUUAAAAAGUUAAUAUAUUUCUAAAACGCAUGAAGUUGAUUUCUACUAAAAUGAUUAAAACUAUAGAAUUUUUAUUUAUGAAAGUUAGAAAAAUCCUUCACACUUCUGACAGCGUAAAACGAGUGGGGUGGGGUUUCAAAGGCUUAUAUUUUAAAACGUCAGAUACGUGCCGUUUUAAAAAUGGGAUAACGGCGGAAAUAUUUUAUAGCAUUCGGGGGAAUUUUAAGUCACUUCAACUUUGUGCCUCAAUACCGCGUUUUUGCAUACAAGACGCAAUCAGAAGUGUUGUGUAGCUGAGUGAAUAAAGGGUCCCUUCCUUUUUUUUUUUAUUAAAUUGCUUUGUUUUUAAAUGCAAUUGUUAUGAAGUGAUAACAGGCUGAAGUAUAACAGGGUGAAACUGAAAAAUGAUUGUGCAUAGUACACACGCAUAGUAAUACAAGCAAAAAUCAACUACAUGUAACGCCGUUCCGAUUUCCAAUCGUUUCAAAAUAUGCAUGACAAAACUUAAAAAAAAUAAAAUAAAAAAAUUACAAAAAAAAAAAACAAAUCACACUUUUUUUCUGCAAAUCAGACGUUCCGUUAUCAUAUUUGCUUCCAGAUAUGUGAACGGAAUGCAGAUUUCGAGCACACUCACAGUAAUACCGUUAUUUGCAUGUAACUUGUAUCAUCUCUUAACUGGCAACCUGUUUUGUCACAUACAAAUGAGGCUUAUGUACAAACUGCACUCAAGGGCUGAUGAUUACGUUUCAUUAUUACCGAGAGUGUCUCAAACAUGUCAAAGCGGUGAACUAUUGUUUACAAGAGAAGCAUAGUCUCUCAAUACUUACUUCAUGGUGAACACGCAUCUCGACUUUGUUUUGGCUCUGUGGUGGCAAUGAUAGUUGUGUAGUGGUUUCAAUUUCAGUCAGACAGGAACAUGGGUGGGGGGGUUAGGAUGGUCACUGACGUGACCUCGCUUGGGAUGAGUUACUCCGGUCCGACAGUCUGUAUUUGGUAGCUUCCAGCACAGUAGAAGUGUUUCAUACAGCUCUCAUAGUGGUCUUAGUGCAUUAGUUUGGUCAAGCAUCUCCUGGUACUAGUGUUCAAUUUAUUGUUGAUAAACGAGGGGUUUGCCAUAUCAUAGACGAGGCUAGCCGAUACUCCACGAGUCGUUUUUAAUUUCAUAAUUCAGUAUGGUGUCUACACGGGGCACGCAAACUGCAGGUUUUUUCCUUAGGACAUGUUCUUUGUGACCUUCAUUUUUGAUAUUUGAUCAAUGUAUCUAUGCCAUACUAGCUUUGAUUUUUUGGUUAUUUUCAAGAAAUUGUAUUGUAAAUGUUUCUAAUAAAACAAACUGAAUAAUCUG